AUGACCAACGCCAGAAACGACGGCUCUCUCCCCUGGUUGAGACCCGACACCAAGACCCAGGUCACCGUUGAGUACGAGCACGACGGCGGUGCCGUCAUUCCCAAGCGCGUCGACACUGUCGUUGUUUCCGCCCAGCACAGCCCCGACAUCACCACCGAGGAGCUCCGCAAGGAGAUUCUUGAGAAGAUCAUCAAGAAGGUCAUCCCCGCCAAGUACCUUGACGACAAGACCGUCUACCACAUCCAGCCCUCAGGCCUCUUCAUCAUCGGUGGUCCCCAGGGUGACGCCGGUCUUACUGGUCGUAAGAUCAUUGUCGACACCUACGGUGGUUGGGGUGCCCACGGUGGUGGUGCCUUCUCCGGAAAGGACUACUCCAAGGUCGACCGUUCCGCUGCCUACCUUUCCCGCUGGAUCGCCAAGUCCCUGGUCAAGGCUGGUCUCGCCCGCCGCUGUCUCGUCCAGCUCUCCUACGCCAUUGGUGUUGCCGAGCCCCUCUCGCUCUUCGUCGAGUCCUACGGUACCUCCGACAAGUCCUCUGACGAGCUUGUCGAGAUCAUCCGCAAGAACUUCGACCUCCGUCCCGGUGUCAUUGUUAAGGAGCUCAACCUCACCAACCCCAUCUACAACCGUACUGCCAAGAACGGUCACUUCAGCGACCAGACCUUCACCUGGGAGCAGCCCAAGGAGCUCAAGUUCUAA